CCUCAAUUGCAAUUGCAUCAAUAUAUUGCUUACUAUUUUUGUCACACAUUUGGUGCAUAACACUAACAUCCACUAGCCAAAAAGCCCUUAAAAAAUAUGUCCUCUUCAUCAGCAGAAUCGAAAAUGGCCUUGGCCAAGACUGUUUUAUCGACAGUAGGUUCUGUUGCUGCGACAACCAUGUUGGUUCGUUCGAUAAUCCACGACUAUAUACCCCGGGAACUCCAUGACUAUCUCUUCUUUGGACUCAAAAACAUGUUCACUAAGUUCUCGAAUCAGCUAACGAUGGUGAUUGACGAAUUUGAUGGCCUCGUCAACAACGAAAUUUAUGAAGCUGCUGAGAUCUAUUUGGGAAACAAGUUGUCACCUAACAUCCAUCGACUUAAAAUUAGUAAGCCUGAGAAGGAGAAGAAUUUCAACAUCGCGAUGGAACGUAAUGAGGAGGUGACAGAUGUUUAUAAUGGACAGACAUUCAAGUGGAUUUGGCUCUGUAGACAAACAGAGUCUAAACACUUCUAUAAUUCCGGGGACAUAAAUUCCACUCUAAAAUCUGAAAUCAGGUCCUUUGAGGUCACAUUUCACAACAAAAACAAGGACCUUGUCCUUAAUUCGUACUUGCCUCACAUCAUGAAAGAAGCAAAAUUGCUAAAACACGUAAACAAGACGAUCAAGAUUCACACUGUGGAUUGCGAGAGAAUGUACAAUUUACACGAAAUGUGGAAGCCGGUGAAUCUUGAUCAUCCAGCCACAUUUGAGACAAUCGCGAUGGAAUCAGACCAAAAAGACAUGAUCUUGAAGGAUUUGGAGAGAUUCGUGAAGAGGAAAGAUUAUUAUAGGAAAGUUGGCAAGGCAUGGAAAAGAGGGUAUUUGCUGUUUGGUCCUCCAGGGACAGGAAAAUCGAGUUUGAUUGCUGCGAUGGCUAAUUAUUUGAACUUCGAUAUAUAUGAUUUGGAGUUGACAACGCUGAGGGGGAACAUGGAGUUACGGAGAUUGUUGGUUGCCACAGCCAAUAAGUCCAUUUUGGUGGUGGAAGACAUUGAUUGUACCAUUGACUUGCAAGAUAAUUUGGCUAAUCGAGCUUCCGUUGUUCAUUCAAUUAAUGGUUUUCGUAUGCAAGAAAGCAAGGUGACCUUAUCAGGUUUACUGAAUUUUAUUGAUGGAUUGUGGUCGAGUUGUGGAGACGAAAGAAUCAUAAUUUUCACAACAAAUCACAUAGAGAAACUCGAUCCUGCAUUGUUACGACCUGGUAGAAUGGACAUGCACAUUCACAUGACAUAUUGCACACCUUGUGGCUUCAAACUUCUUGCUACCAAUUACUUAGGUAUUAAAGAUCAUAAAUUGUUCAAAGAAAUUGAGGAAUUGAUUGACAUAGCCAAUGUGACACCAGCAGAAGUGGCAGAACAAUUGUUGAAGGAAGAUGAAAUUGAUGAUUCCCUUAAAGGGUUGAUUAAUUUUCUUCACAAAAAGAUAAAAGAGAAUGAAGAGGGAAAGGCUAAUAAAGUAGAAAUAACUCAAGUGGAUUCUGUUGAUGAAAAGAAGGAAAAUGUUGAAAAUGAGAUUAAAGAAAAGGGAUUACCAAAUGGGGAAAGUUAAAUUGCGGGCAAAAAAAAAAAGAAGAAGAAGAAAGGCUAUUAUAGAAUAUGACACUUUUUUUCCCUUUUAAUUUGGUCUAUAUAAAUAAUAA